CUUUGGGAGACGAGCGAGACACUUUCGCUGUCUUACCAUAAAGGGUUCUACUUUUAUCACACUUCCACACAAUCCAUUCCCACGUUUCUCUCUUUCUUUACUAUUCCAAUUACCAACGCCUUUCCCCUCAAAAAGGAAACUAAAUUCCACAAAGUACACUUCUUUCUUCUUCCUUCCCAACAAACCCUCACCACAAUAUCCAUUUCCUCCUAAAACUAAGAAACCACCCUUUUGUUCAUCAGUUUCUUAGCUUCUUCUCUCAAAGAGGAACUACAAUUUCCUAAACAAAACUAAAAUCAGCUAAAUACCUGCAUAUCUCAUCUCCUAGAAAGAUAAAACAAACAACUACCUUCUUUCUCUUUUGUCUUGUCUUUUUUAGGAUAAAUUAAGGUAAAGGGAUUUAUAAUAUGGCGAGGGAGAAGAUUCAGAUAAAGAAGAUCGAGAACGCAACGGCGAGGCAAGUUACGUUUUCAAAGAGACGAAGAGGUUUGUUCAAGAAGGCUGAAGAGCUUUCCGUUCUCUGUGAUGCUGAUGUUGCUCUCAUCAUUUUUUCUUCUACUGGGAAGCUCUUUGAAUACUCCAACUUAAGCAUGAGGGAAAUACUUGAAAGGCAUCAUUUGCACUCGAAGAAUUUGGCUAAGAUGGAAGAACCGUCUCUCGAGCUGCAGCUAGUUGAAAACAGCAACUGUACGAGAUUGAACAAGGAAAUUGCUGAGAAGAGUCAUCAACUGAGGCAGAUGAGGGGUGAGGAUCUUCAAGGGAUGAAUGUUGAACAAUUACAACACUUGGAGAGGUCUCUUGAAAUUGGCUUGGGUCGUGUAAUAGAAAACAAGGGAGAGAAGAUUAUGAUGGAGAUCCAACAUCUCCAAAGAAAGGGAAGACAACUGAUGGAAGAGAAUGAUCGACUAAAGCGACAUGUGACGGGCAUGAUGAAUAAUGGCAAAAUUGUUGGAGGAGUUGAAUGUGAGAAUGUGGUUAUUGAAGAAGGUCAAUCCUCAGAAUCUAUCACUAACGUUUACAAUUCCAUUGGUCCUCCACAAGACUAUGAGAGUUCAGACACUUCACUCAAAUUAGGGCUUCCAUAUGCCGGAUGAAGGUGUGUUUAACAAGUGUUUGUUAUUGGAUAAAUUUCGUAGAUGUUGUGGUUUUAAUCUUUUAAUAUAUAGUAAAUAAAUAUGUAUAUGUAUAUGUAUUCUAGUUGAUCUCAUUUGGAAGUUAUUUACAAUUAAGUAAUUUACAUUUUGUGUUUAACUUGUAUUUAGUUUAACAAGAACGAUUCAUGAGGUUUUCAUUGAAGUGAUUAUGACAUGAAUUCGAUCUAUUCAGCACCAAUAUCCAAUAUGGUGGGUGCUUUGUGAAGCA